AUGACAACACCGCCAGAGCUGCUGAACCGUAAUGAUGGCCUUCUCCCGUUGCGUGGCACACUCAACUUCUCGGCCGAACUAGAAGAUUUCAUGGCCAGUGUUGAGCAUAAGCUCGGCGCCGACCGCACAUACGCCAAAUUGCCGCAAUCCCAGUCCAUCGCCGAGCGGAUAGACGUACAAGUCAUCCACGAGAAUGGCAACCACGUAUGCUGGUAUCACCGGCUGCGCCUUAAGGACUGGAAUUACACCGUCAUCGGUGUCCUCGCUCUCAUACACACUGCUCUCGACAUCAACAAGAUCGCAGACCUUGACGGAGAAUAUGCUAUAGCGCAUCUGAAAACUCUCAAUAGCACAUACUUUUACGCCUUGAAAGCCACAAAUGAGGAAUACCCUCAGAAGGCGUGGACACUCACCGUUGGCCCGGAGCUGUCCGAGUCAUAG